AUGGCCGCCGCAUAUCUCAAGCAGGAAAAUUACGUCUUGACGGAACGAUGCACCGACAAGACUCUGCUUCAUGAACCGAGGUUGUUGAAAGCUAGGUACCGACGCGGAAUUGCUCGCAAGGGUCUAGGAAUGGUUAAAGGAGCGAUGCGCGAUUUCGAGCUAUGCCUGGAGCAAGACCCCAAAUGUAUGGAAGCCAAACAUGAGCUGGCUGAUGCCCGGAAACUCUUCGAAAGCGGUGACUACGACAGCGAAAGUGACCCCGAAGAUCCAAUCUACGACUCUGAGCUUGGUUAUACCUCCGACUCUUCCGAUUUUCGGCAUGAAGGCAACGGCACCCCCUGCAAGUUCUACAAUCACAAUGGAUGCAAAAAGGGCGCCAAGAAGUGUCCUUUCAAGCACGGACCAGAUAAUCGGAGCAUGCGCGACGAUCUCGGUCGCAACGUGUGUCUCUUUUACCUCCUCGGAGACUGCAAAUUCGACGACGAAGAUUGCUUCUAUGCUCACUCAAAGCUAUACUUGCCUCCCUCCGGCUGGUGGAACAAGCCGGAGAAAAUUGAGCAGUAUUUGGAGAUGCUCGACAUGGCAUAUGAAUUCUCUGGCACCACGCCAGGUCAAAUGAUGGACGGGUUUCUAGGCCGCAUGCUCAACGGAGACCUUCGCGAUAACGGCAAAAAAUUCAUCGAGUCACUGGACGACGAGACGAACUUCACCGAUUUGGGGCCUAGUCCUGAUAUGAGCCGCAACAAGCCCAGGAAAAAGGGGGGGAAGCCGAAGAAGGGGAAAGGCAAAGGUGUUCGGCCUCGGGAUCCCUCACUGGAGCGCGAAGUUGAGGAACGGCAGCGCAAUUGCGGCUUCACCGACGACGAAGUUUACGAACUGGCUCUGCAGGGGGUUAAGCCAUGGGAUGAUGAUGCAUGGGAUGUUUUGGACGUCCUCAACGGUAACUUUUAACUGCUU